AUGGCGGGCAAGGGCCUUCUUUCCCACAUUGGCAUUUGGGUGGCCGUCACGCUGGCAACAUGGGCGAUCUGCUGGCUGGUGGCUGCGCCUGUAAACUGCCACGAAGUGCCUGCGUGCGCGAAGCACUUGCAGAGUUACCCCGGGUACUACCACGUCAUCUCGGCGGCAGCUUUGGUGGCCAUGCUGGGCCACGAGGUACUGAGCCUCGUCGCCACGUAUAUGGGAGCCCAGGAGACACAAGCCUUGGUGCCCCACCUCCAAAGCCGCUUUUUGCCCACCCUGCUGCUGGCUGUGAUGUUUGGCGUGCUUGCGACGGCCGAGCGCCUCUUCUCGCGGGCCGAGUGGACCAUCGCUCAUGUCAUGCCGAGUGCAGACGGCCUCACCACGCCCGGUCGCCCGGUGUACACGAUGCAGUACAUGGAGUGGGGCAUCAAUGUCCCGAUCAUGCUGAUCCUGUCCGGCUACUGCACACUCGGGCGUCCCUUGCGCGAAGUGUCAAGGCCACUCAUCGUCACCAACGUGUACGUGAUCUUCUGUUGGGUGGCCACUGCAACUGAGAGUGCCUUCCUGAAGUGGUUCCUCAUCGUCGUCUCUUUGGCCAUGUAUGCCUGGGCCUCUUAUGACAUGUUGAACUGGUGCUCUGCCUACGAACGAACAGCUCCCGCAGAUCUGCCAAGCCGCAACCUGCGACCCUUCCUGUCUUCUGGCCUUGUUGCGCACCUUCUGCUGUAUGGCGUGGUCUACAUGGCGUCGGUGGUGGGUGUCAUGGAUGCGCACACGGAACGCAAGUCCUUCUUUGCUUUGACCUUCGGCUCCAAGCUCGCCUACAGCGCGGCUUUCGUCUUCAUCCGAGCAGAUGAAUACCACAAGACCCUGACCGACGUGCUGCGAAAGGUGAGUGUGAGCAAUGUUGGUAUGAUCAGCAUUCUCAGAGGAAGUUUCGACAUCAUUCUUCCCUGCGUGCUGGAUGCAGCCGGCCGCUGCAAGCUGCCCGACAGAUACUCGGGCGACAUGACGAAGCUGGAGAAGAUUCUGGGCUAUGCAGUCUCUGGUGCAAACCUCAAGGACCUCUUGGCCGGAGAGGAUCAGAAGAGCGACUUCUCAGCUUACGUGCGGAAUGUGGUGCGCCAGGCUGAUUGCCCACAGGCUUUCAAUGCCGCAACCCUUUCGACACAGGGAGUGUGGAGCUGUGACUCGGGAGCUAUGCCUCCCAUCGCUCAGGUGCUGCACAGCAAGAUCCAGCAGAAGUCCAAGCAGAAGCUCAACACCACACUCCACCUCUCCGUGGUGCCACGCUCUGCGCUCAGUUUGGGCAAGGAGAGGCAGCUGGUGGCCGCCUUCCAGAUCGCCAGCCCCGAAAGCUUGAACGAGGAGGAGCCUUCUGUAGCCGUGACGAAUUUCGAGACAUUCAAGGCAGGCCAAAGCUCUGUGGGCACUACUACAAACCCCAGCAGCGAAGAGGGCUCAUCCCGUGGCAUUGUCGCCAACCUCGCCGAUCUCACCAAGCUUGGUGCAUCGGGGAUGCUUGGCAACACCGAGGAGUUCAGCGACGAGGCCAGUAACUACUUCGGCCACACACUCACCUCUGACGAGACCAUGUCUCACCUGGGCGCCUUUGCGCAGCACCAGGUGGCCGUGGGUGCCGUGGCAUUCGACGCACGCAUC